UGAACUCUCCGCUGUCCCGCACCAGUCCAGAAUGGAGUACAGAACUGACCAGACCCCAAUGACUCCUCGUACGGUUCAGGUGGUGCCUGGCGUGCUCCCCGUCCGCGAUCACCUGCCCUGGUCCAUCUUCAACCUGUUCUACAUGAAUUUCUGCUGCUUGGGCUUAACUGCCAUGGUGUAUUCGAUUAAGUCUAGAGAUCGCAAAGUUGUGGGUGACAUCGAAGGAGCUCAGCACUAUGGAUCUACAGCACGGUCCCUCAAUAUUGCAGCCACUGUGAUUGGUGUUCUUUUCUUCAUAAUCAUCGUUGCACUGGUAGCUACUGGAACAGUUGCCAUGAUGAAUGUCCCCAAGAAUUUUUGAUGGAGAUACAUAGGAGGAGACGUGAUGGUCUCAGCAGUUUAUUGGCCAUGGAAGGAGCAUCCUUGUGAUGGAGCUGUUUAAUUUCUUGAUGCAUUGUUUACUAUUGCUUACUUUGUCUGUAAUCUCUAUGGAGGCCUGAUAUACUUAAUCAACUGGCAACAAUAUAGAUCUCUUCCUUAAACUGGGGGCAAGAUAUGGCUUGGAUGUUACUAAUAAAGUAAUUGAAAACACACUUAUGGAGUCUUGGAG